AUGGCCAAGCAAAAAGUUGGAAAAACCUACAAAACCUCGAAGUUUUCUUCUACGAAAGGAUUUGACAGAAACCAACCUACAUUAAGCAGAAUUGUUAACCGUUUAAACGAUGCAGUUAGAAAUACAGGUCCAGUUGUCGAGAAUGUCAAUGUCACAAUUCAGGAACAAAGCGAAGAUCUAGUCCAAGAACCAGUCAAUGUUUUGAAUGAGGAUUUAGUUGAGGAUCUAGUUGAAGAUCCAGUGGAAAAUUCAGUUGAGGAGGAAAUGAAUGAUGUAUUACCCGAAAAUAGUGUUCUGACCGAGUAUUUUGAGAACCUUCAAAUUCGUUUAACAAACGAAGGAUAUCCUUCUGAGUACAACAACGGUACGUUUUGGAUAGAGCCCAUGAUGACCUUUUUCGCUCUUCAAUCGAAAAAGGAAAUCAACUAUCUAUAUAGACCACGAGUAUUUCUUUGGAUUCCUCAUCUUUUACUCAACAAAGGUUUGGGACGACUGAGAUGUACUAAAAACAAUUGCAACAAGAAGCUUGAGACAAAAGGCUACAAUAAAAAGCCUCACGCUCGAAGAAUUGUGGAUAUAUGCUGUGACUCAAAAUGUGGUGCUUCGUAUAAUGCACAUGAUCCAGAAAUCAUUGAACAGCUUCCUCUUGAAUUGCAAGUCGAGUUUCCCGCCGUUCUUUCUCACAGAGGAGGUAUAUCAAAAGUAAUUGCCGAUCUUCUGAGACCCUGUAUUCAAAACUCUGUUGGUCCAGAGAGAUUUCAAAAGAUACUUCCAAUCAUUGAGGUUCUUCAACCCAAGAUGGACAAGCAUAUGAUGCUUUUGGAUGGAAAGAUUUUGAAAGGAGAUCAUUCGUUUAAGUUUCCAAAGCAUAUGGCUAAAAUUGAAGAUACAAGUGUUUUCACAGGCUUAUACACCAUGACCAACGAAUAUGAGGAAAUUGUGCACCAAGUUUUAGUUCCAUCAAAAGCAUUGUCCUAUUUGAAGCAUUCUUUUCAGAAAAUGAGUAAAGCUUAUACUGACUAUGGACAUGAAAUGCCAAUCGCUUUUUAUACCGAUAACGUCAAAGGUGACCAAACAUUUGUUGAAGGAAUAUUCGAAUCGUUGAAAGAAGGUGUUAAGCCGACUUCGGUUGAUGAAAUGAAUAGUAAUGGAUCCAAUGGCUGUAAUUACCUUCAGUUACCUGAUGCUGUUGAAGUCUCCUACAUCUGUCGCGACUUUGAUUUAAUGGAAAGCUCCGUAAAGUAUUUACAUGAAGAAAUUGAAUCAUCAGUAAGAAUCAAUGGUGAAGCAGCGAUAGGCCUUGAUUGUGAAUGGGAUAUUAGCCAUUCUCAAGGAGUAGAUAUUUGCAAAGUAGAUGUUGUCCAAUUAGCGUUUAAGAAAAAGGUAUAUGUGUUACACAUUGACAGAUGUUGGACCUCUUUGCCUACUUCUUUGGUGAGUAUCCUGGAAAAUGAAUCUGUUAAAAAGGUUGGUCGUCAAGUUGGUGGUGAUUUGAGCAGACUUUCGAGAGGCUUAAACGUUAGCUGCAGAGGAAAGAUUGAGUUGGGCUCGUUUUGUUCGUCAAGAAAAAUCAUUCCCAACGGUACUUUAUCAUUGUCAGGUAUUGCUCUCCGUGUGCUGGGACAAGGGAUAAAAAAGGAUGAGCGGGAAAGUCACUGGUCCAGUAUGGCACUCACAUCUGAACAGAUUGCCUAUGCUGCCUUGGAUGCUUGGGCUAGUCUUGCCAUUUUCGAAGCUGUUAAGAAAGUCCCAGAGGCUGGAUCUCGUACAACUUCGAAAAAUUGUGUUCCAGGAGUAUUUGUUGAUUUAAAACCGCGAGGAUUGAAGCAUGUCAUUGCUUCGGGUCGAAUUGAGCAGCCUGAAAACAAUAGCAGUGCAGAGAAAAACUCUUGUCGUCUAAGAAUUCUGAAAGUAAAUGUGCCAGGAUACAUGGUAAAGCAAGAUAAUGGGAUUGCCUUACCAGCAAUUGAAAGAAGAGAUGUUCCGACUUUAGUGCCCUUAAGUUCGUUUACCGAACCUGAAUUUGUAAUUACAGUGUUUAAAGCUGAUCUUAUGACUGCAACAAAUUCAGAGGUUCAAAACACCCAAUCCGAACGCCAAAAUUCUAGUGCGAUCCAAGGCGUAUUAAGGUCUCAAUCACGUAUUAAUCCUUCAACAACUGCAUCAAACUCGGCUACUAGUGAGGCGGAUAUUGAUAUUGCUUUUACUAGAAUGUUUAAAGAUAACGCUACCAGUGUGAAUAAAAAUACAUUUAAGCAUGGAUAUGUGUUAUUCACCUCUAGCUUAAACAUUGACAAUGAAAUUACCUCGGAAAGUAGUAAUGAUGAUCGUAUUUACUCACGUGUAGUAAAGGAUGCAUUUCACUUGAUGGAUAUGAUAAAGCCAUAUAAGCAACAUGGUCUUUAUAAGGAGUUUAUGCAAAGAUUCAGUGAUAGCCUUUUCGUGUUAGACGAAGCUGAUAAAGCAUUGGUUACGAAGGCCUUACAAGAUAAUAACGAGACGUGGGAAAUGAAAAUGAAGUACGAUCGCAAAUGGCUCUGGGAGAGAGUUAAACGAAAAAUAUCUUCUCCUAAUGUACUUCUACCGGUAUUGCAAUCGCUGUUUCUUUCUUUUGGACCUUUAAAAUGCUCAAAGUCAGGACGAGUUUUGUUUGAUAAAGUUUCUUGGUCCCAAGCUCUAAGUGUUUUGAAGACAGUACAGCUAGGUCACGUAUCAGAUCCACCUGGUGUUCAGCUUUACUACCAAAAAGGAAAGAAAGACAAAAAGUUUGGGUCUUUCGGUGCAGGGCCUGAACUUGCUUCGGCUAUGUUGGUUGAAUAUCGUUUACGACACAACUUUGACGUUGGAACUUUUAAUAGAUUUGGAGUAGAGUACAAAGGCCAUUACGAUCCUUGGUUAACUCAGCAUCUAGACUUUCUGCGUCAGUCAAUGGAUAUGCCCUAUCUUAGCAUCGAUAGACAUAUAGCAAUUGAAGUAAAUGCACUGAGAUUCCGUAGCUCUCAAGAAGUAUUCGAUGGACAGGAAUUCGAUAUUGAAAACGAUAACACAAUACCAAAAAUGAAAAACACAGUUUUUUUGAAGAUAGGUUCUACCCUCAGGGAAAAAAAUUGUCGAUAUCACUAUGUAGCAACACGUCAGAAAACAAAGUAUGCGGUUAUUGCUGUUCAUACUUUGGAAGAAAAACUUUUGUUUGGGAGAAUGAUAAACGAAGCUAUGCAUUCAUCGUCAAGAGUUAAUCCUAAUUUCGAUCAGCUUUCCAAAGCUUGGAACUUAUUAUGCAAUGGAGAUAAAAUCUUUUAUAAAACUCCAGAACAUUUAGAGAAGCACUACAAGCAUUGGAAAGAACAACAAGUUGCCCGUAACACUCGUGAAAUUCAUUACAGUGUUAUGACAAAUAUACAACUCCAAAUUCAGCAAAAAAAUUCUACCAGCUCACACUUGCCGUUUGUCAUACCAUCUCUACCUAAUAUUUGUAAUAAUCAAAAUGUGCUAACUGCUCCUACCAUGCCUAUUCAACUCCCUGCCACGGAAAUUCCGUUACCUGAGAAAAAUACGCCUGCAAUUUAUCCCUCAUCUAUCAGUUCCAAUGUUACCAAUUAUUACUAUAGAAUAUCUCCUCAACACACAACAGCGUCAUUUAUAUAUAACAAUAACAACCUGCCUCAAAUCCAAAGUAGAACAGCCGAUUACAAUAGGUCUAAUGCAGUUGCCCAAACAUACCAUCCUUAUUCAAAAGAACCCCCAACUUUAAAGAAAUCAUGUAAGGGAUGCGGUGUUGUUCUUUGCAACGGAAAAAUGAAAAGAUCCAACUGCAAAAACCCUAUUUGCCUGAAUUGCAAGCGUAAAGACUGCGAAGGUGUUUGGGAUAGAAAAAAAUGUCAAAGUCCAGCUUCAAUCAAUUAG